AUGUUGGAUUUCUUGAAAUCAUUAGAGGAAAAAUCCAAGCCAAAGAAAUCUAGCAGGCAGAAGACAGCAGAAGAAAAGGCAGGGGAAGAAAAAGUAGCGCGGGAAUACAGGAUUCAAAAUCAAAAUCAAGAAUUGCCCGACUUCAGAAAAAGAGAAAAGGAAAGAGAUCAGAGAGGGAAAAGCGUAAAGUUGAUGAUGAUAAUAAUCAAGUGGCAUAUGAACACAUUGAUAACACAAAGAAAGUUAAGUUUAUGUUGCGACAUUCAAUAUUCAAAGAGCGGGAUGAAGCAUCAACAUCUGCAUUUGGUCCAUCAUCUGAACAAAGGGCUCCCACCACACCAAUGCUUGAUUUGAAUAUGCCGCCACCUAGGGGUGCAUUCGGUCCGGAUACGGCUCGGAUAUGAUGCUUAUCAUAUACAUAUCCAC